UUUUUGAGGCAGCUGUGCUAACAGUUAGCCCUGUUUCCAGUCUUUGUGCUAAACCUCUGUGGACCGGUGGCGUCCGUCCAUGAGCUCUGACUGAUGCUGAGGAUGGUGAAGCAGAUCACCAUGGUGACAGCCUGUUUCACACAUUGAUGUCAGACAUAAGAAAACAAUGAGAGGGAGAAGAUUUAUAUUUCAGUGGAAGUAAAUCAGAGGAAGAUUUUUAUCUUUUGCACGUUGAGAUGAAAGUGGACUCAAAGAUCAGAUCCGGUCAGAGGAGAGACUGUGUCACUGCUUCAUCUUAAUGGUUUAACAACCAUUCAUUUCCUAUGCUCAUGAUCGAUAACAUGUCCAUUAGCAUCUCUCAUGGUGUGUGGGUUCUUUAACUUGCCUCUGUUGUCAUAGUGAUGUAGCUCCACCCCUCCCCAUCGGGGCGGGGCUCAGCACUGCAGCACAGCAUCCAUCAGCCCUGCAGUCUCCACUGUCACUGCUCACUGUCACUGCUCACAGCUCCGACCACUGCCAGUGCUGCAGCGUCGGACGACUGACGGACCACUGACACACACCAGACUUCUAACAGACAGAUCCUGAGUCCUGCUGAUCCGACCCUGAUCGGGAUGUUCGGGGGCGUGUCUGUGCGGAUCCAGAAGGACCGGCUGAGGGCUGGAGGUCUCGGCUCGGUCCAGCAGGCGGUUCUCUACCUGAACCAGGACUUCCAGGCCCUGAGGGACGACUGCCUGCAGAGUGGGUCCCUGUUCGAGGACUCUCUAUUCCCAGCAGAACCGACCUCACUGGGCUUCAAGGAACUCGGGCCGCUCACCGCCAAGACCCGAGGGGUGGAGUGGAAGAGACCGACGGAGCUGACAGAGGACCCUCAGUUCAUCGUGGGCGGAGCCACCAGGACCGACAUCUGUCAGGGGGCUCUGGGAGACUGUUGGCUGCUCGCCGCCAUCGGCUCUCUGACUCUGAACCAGCGGCUGCUGCACCGCGUCGUUCCUCACGGUCAGAGCUUCAACCAACAAUACGCCGGCAUCUUCCACUUCCAGUUCUGGCAGUUCGGGGAGUGGGUGGACGUGGUGAUCGACGACCGUCUGCCCGUCAAAGACGGAGAGCUGAUGUUCGUCCACUCGGCCGAAGGCAGCGAGUUCUGGAGCGCUCUGCUGGAGAAGGCCUACGCCAAGUUGUGCGGCUCGUACGAGGCGUUGUCUGGCGGCAGCACCACCGAAGGCUUCGAGGAUUUCACGGGCGGCGUGUCGGAGAUGUACGAGCUGAAGAAAGCUCCCAGAGAUCUUCAUCGUAUCAUCAUGAAAGCUCUGGAGAGAGGGUCGUUACUGGGCUGCUCCAUAGACAUCACCAGCGCCUUCGACAUGGAGGCUGUGACCUUCAAGAAGCUGGUCAAAGGUCACGCCUACUCAGUGACGGGACUCCGACAGGUGGAGUACCGCGGGCAGCGCGAGCGUCUGAUCCGGAUCAGGAACCCCUGGGGGCAGGUGGAGUGGACCGGCGCCUGGAGCGACAGCUCCUCAGAGUGGAACGCCAUCGACGCCGCAGAGAAGGACGAGAUGCUCUGCAAGAUGGAGGACGGAGAGUUCUGGAUGUCUUUCCAGGAGUUCCUGCGUCAGUUCUCCAGGCUGGAGAUCUGUAACCUGACGCCCGACGCUCUCAGUCAGGACACCACCAGCUUCUGGUCCACCGUCACCUUCGAGGGCGGCUGGAGGAAGGGGAGCACCGCGGGGGGCUGCAGGAACCAUCCCAACACGUUCUGGAUCAACCCUCAGUAUAAGAUCUCCCUGCUGGAGGAGGACGACGACCCCGAGGACGACGAGGCCGCCUGCAGCCUCCUGGUGGCUCUGAUGCAGAAGGACCGCCGCCGCUUCCGCCGCCACGGACAGGACAUGCACACCAUCGGCUUCGCUAUCUACGAGAUUCCUGACGAGUACCGAGCUCGUCCCAGCCUCCACCUGAAGAAGGACUUCUUCCUGCGUCACUCCUCCUGCGCUCGCUCCGAGUCCUUCAUCAACCUGCGCGAGGUGAGCACCAGGCUCCGCCUCCCGCCGGGCGAGUACCUGGUCGUCCCCUCCACCUUUGAACCGUCGCAGGAGGCCGACUUCGUGCUGAGGGUGUUCACGGAGAAACAGUCGGAGACCAAGGAGAUGGACGACGACGUGGAGGGAACCUUCGAGCAGGAGGAGGAAAUCACAGAGAGCGACAUCGACGACUCCUUCAGGUCCAUGUUCGCUCAGCUGUCGGGAGACGACAUGGAGAUCGACGUGCGAGAGCUCAGGACCAUCCUGAACCGGGUCGUGUCCAAGCACAGAGACCUGCAGACUGACGGUUUCAGCCUGGAGUCCUGCAGAGCCAUGGUCGGCCUCAUGGACAAAGACGGCAGCGCGCGGCUCGGUCUGCUGGAGUUUCAGAUUCUCUGGAACAAGAUCAGGAAGUGGCUGGGAAUCUUCAGAGAGUUCGACCUGGAUAAGUCCGGAUGUAUGAGCUCAUACGAGAUGCGUCUGGCGCUGGAAAAUGGCGGGUUCAAACUCAACAACAAGCUGCACCAGACGCUGGUCGCUCGCUACGCCGACAACGAGGUCAUCGACUUCGACAACUUCACCUGCUGCCUCGUCAAACUGGAGGCCAUGUUCAAGGCGUUCAAGGACCUGGACAAAGAUGGGACAGGAAGUGUCGAGGUCAAUGUCAUCGAGUGGCUGCUGUUGACCAUGUGUGGAUGAAGCUACUUCCUGCUGCUCAAACUUCAAAGUGCCUCCGACAGGAAGAACAACACAACGCCAACGACCAAUCAGAACGUGUCCCACUGCGUCUGCAGAACCACAGUACUACUGCAAUACUACAUAGUCUCAUUACUGAAGCCUGAUCACUGUACUCUCCUGCUGCUGCUACAUUUACUCUCAGAUAGGGGGCGCUACCGCCUUGACAACAUGGCCUCUGCACUGAUUGAUUGAUUGACGAGACAGAGCUUCCUGACGGAGCAUCUGAGUCAGAGCUCAGGGUUUAUGAUGGAGGCGUUCAGGUUCACCUCGGGCAAACAAGUGCUGAUGUAACAAAUGCUUCAUGUUGUCAAAAUUUAGAUUUCCUGGCUUUUUUCAUAAUAAAUAAGGUCUCGGGUGUGGAAGUACACAAAUACACACAUUCUACAUCACGCUGUGAUGUCAUGAUUUCAUCUGCUGCCGACACCAGGUACUGAUGACUUGUGGGUCGUCGGGAGCAGGAGACAGAAGCUCCUCGCUCCGGGACGACAUGGUCAGAGUCGCUCUGAGGUGAACAGAGGAGCUGGUUGGCCUGGACGUGCGUCACUCAGAAAACAGUCGGCCAAUCACAAGAGAGGCUCAUAACAUAUUAAUAGCUCCAUAAAAAGAGAUAUAAAACCAUAUAGAGAUGUUUUUUGGUUUUAAAUAAAACAAAUAAAUCUUCAUAAGCAUCAAAACUUCAAAUAAAGGUAAAAUAUGGAACUGGACGAGCUUCCUGUUUGAUUGGACCUGCAUCACCUGACGCACACACCUGAAUAAUAAUAAUAAUAAUAAAGACUGAAUCACAUACUG